AUGAUCCGUGGCUUUGUCUUCGCCCUGGUGUGCUCUCAGGUUGCAGCCGGACCCCUGAGUGGUCUGUUGGCAAGCCUGACCGGUCAUGACAAUGCGACCUGCGCUGACACCCAUCACGCUUGCGCUACGAGCUUUGCGGCCUUCUUCCCGGAGACCGCAGCCACGCAUGCGACGGAGCACUUCUUGCCGGACAUCUCGAGCUCCUCAGUGGCAGAUGCAAGCGCCGCACACCACGAUGGGCACAUGGAUCAGUUCGACUCCUCUUCCUUGUUGACCGGUCGACGCUCCGCGCUGGCGGUCCUACAGCCGGUUGAGUCGCUUGGUAGUUCCUUGAUUGCGGAUGCUUGUCUGGCGGUGCCGGGUGCCAGAGUCGAAGCCGCUGUGCCGCAGGCAUUUGCUGCAAAGGAGGGGCUGGAGCAGCAGCAGGCCAGCUCCUGGUGGCGGGCGGCUUCGACUUCUCUCAAGAAGAGUCCCUGGCCUCCUGCGAGUCCAUCGAUAUUGCCGACCUGCUGGCCGAACGUCCAGCGGUGCAGGCAUGCCCUUCCUUGCAGCAUGCCAGGGCUUGCCCGGGUCUUGCUGCAGCCUCCGAGGCGGUGCUUGCCGUGGGUGGCGGAAGCAGCAUGUUCACUGCGGCAGAGGCAUUUCGCAGCGUCGAGGUGCUUCGCACGGCUGCGACGAAGUGGCAAUAUGGUCCAACUUUGCAGAGGCCUCGCUGUGCGGCCGGGGUUUGCGUUACCUCUGCCGGGCACGUUUACGCGAUCAGCGGCUAUGCGGGCAAUGACUGCUACGAGGAGUCCGUGGAGUGGGCAGACGGUAGCUCCGAGGGCCUGCUGCGCGGGUGGUUCCCCGGUCCUGCGCUUUCACAAGCGCGUGCAGGCUGCGCAGCCUGCUUCGGCCCAGAUGGCCGUGUCUGGGUCCUGGGGGGUGGCUGCGACGAGUCUGCAAGCCUUGACACCGUGGAAUGCCUUGACCCUCGCGAAGGUCGCUGGUGUCAGGCUCCUUGCAUGCCUGGGCGGCGGCGGUGCUUUGCGGCAAGCUUCGGCAUCGAUCGCCACUCCGGCUGAGAUGGGCAAGUUCAGCCCACGCCUGUUCUUCCAUGUCUGCGCCCGAGGCAAGUUGUACAUCUACGGCGGCUGGAACCGCGAGCGCUGGCACGAAGACAGCGCCGCCCGCCUGGACUUGCGAAACCUCCGAUGGGAGACCCUUCCGUCACCGGUGUCCGAGGCGCCAGCCCAGGCGAACAGUGUCAUCCCCUAUCACUUCGUGAGUGGCUGUACAGCGUUACAGCUCGACCCUUGCGCUCCUAAGUUGCCAGCAAUCGUUGGCACAAACCAAUUGUUUUCAGAUGGAGCCAUGAGCAGCAGCUCGUCCCCAUCCUUGGCGAGGCCAUUCGCGGAUUUGCCACAUGGGGCCACCCCGCCUUUGUCCCGAAGAGGUGAAGGCCACCUUCUUGGAGGACCUCUUGGCUCCACGGGAUACCCUCCUCGGCAUGUGCUGACCUCCCCGCGCAAGGGUCCAGGUGACGUUCGUUUUGGGGGACCUCUUGGUGCCACCAUGGGUGCCACCAUCUACACGCCCCGACAAGUCCUCGUUUCCCCGCGGCUCACCCCACGAAUGCCAGCAGGGGCCACGAGUGUGAUCGCCUAUGCGCCCGGCUUGCCCAGUAGCUUCAUCCCAGUGGCGCCGGCUCCAAAGGUGUCUCGGCCUGUGGAAGUUGCGGUGCGCAAGCAAACGCCGCGCUUCAUUCGUGUUUCGGCACGGUCGCAGGAGCGGAUUCUGCCAAUUUCACGCGAAAUGACAGCUGCAGCGCCUGCAGCAGCGUCUGCGGCAGCGCCUGCAGCAGCGCCUGCUGCAGCUACGGAUGGAGCAGCACGAGAGGUUGAACUCGAGGCUUUUCCGAAGCAAGCCGACGCGGCUUCUCACGUGGCAUCGCCCCGAUCGCCCCAUGCUGUUGCCCUUGAAGCGGCGUCACCUCCUGGCCUGGAAGCUUCGCCUCGGGACCAGCUGUACCAUCCGCCUCUUGCUCAUGCAGCCUCAGACAUCCAAGCUUCUCCCAUGGUGCGACAGCGUACUCUUCCGGGCUACCUUGGACAAGCCGUGCAGCCACAAAUGCCUCCCGAAAGGCAAAGCAGUAUCGCUGUCAUCACUACCAUCACUGCCCCAAGUUAUGCUGUCGCUGUCCCACGGCCAUCUUCUGUAGGUCGAGGGUCACUGGGCCGAGCACCUCGAGCUCCUGAGCUGACAUCGGACAGGCCUCCGGCUCGCGCAGUGGGAGAGGCCCUGCGCGCCGACAGCCGCCGACGCUGGCGACGACCUGCACCCACCCAUGCACCCGGAACGCCUGGAGUUGCGCCACAUGUGCCUGGAGCGCCGGUGGCCGCUGCACGGGUGCAUGGUCCAUGCCAUGGUCGUACGUCAUGGUCUGGAACGCCACCUGCAUCUGCGCCGGUGUCCGCUCCGCCAGCACAGAGUCGUCAAGGAGAAGGCGAUUUCACACCGGCCUUCUUCAGGCUUCAAGAGAAGCUGAGCUAUUUGGCCGAGGAGGCUCGAAUCGGCAUUUCUCUGGGCCAGCUUUCGGAGCGACAGAGCUUGCUCUGCAGGGAACGGUCUCGCUUUAAACGCUGGCGGCUUCGCACGGAGACCCUGAAGACCGAGAGGUUCAGUGGCCGCUCGGCUGACAUUGGCGCAGUUGGCUUCAAGGUGGACCCUGACCUGGAGACUGUCGCGUGUGAGAGCCGGCCGACACUUGCCUCGCCUCCCGUGCGGAACUUCGGGAAACUGCAAAGAGUGCAGACGGCCUCGGAGAAGCUGCUUUGA